AACUCAGGAAGUCAUUGUCAAGUCCUUAGUUCAUUCUCUUUUUGUUUUGAUUCUCUGUGUUAUUAGUUAUUGUUUAUUUUCAAAGAUCUGAUAAUAAAUUUACAAAAUUUUGUGGUACUUAACCGUGUAGAAAAGUGGCUUCAGCGACCUCAUCCUUUCAAGUAUUUGGUUGAGCUGAUCUUGCCAAACCAUCUUUAUUCAACAUGAACACCCCUUGGAGAACCUACCUCUUAUGGUUUGCACAGGAAAAUGUCCAGUUUAGAUUUGCGGAAAUGAAUUCCUUACUUUCCCUAUUGAAUAUUCAAAUGAAGUUCAUACAGAAACCAAAAGACAUUGAACCAUACUGGAUAGUAGAGUUUGCAUCAGAAAAAGAUGUCAGACUCUUGGCAAGUAGGGCAGUAUCUCUGAGAAGUUGCCUGGAAUUAUGGGCACAUGGUAAAAGCAUUCCAGACCUACAUGAGAAACUGAAACUUUAUCCACAUCAUUUAAUGGCACCCUACUUGCAACCUGAUAAAUCAUUCAAGAUAGAAGUAGAAACAUUCUGUAAACAUUUUACUCAAAAAGAAAAAGUUGACAAAAUUGAAUCCUUCAAUUAUUUGCCAGUGAUGGGACCUGUUGAUCUUAGAAAACCAGAUGUUACAUUACAGUACAUUGAGUAUUAUGGAAUCAUUUCAAAUGAUCCUCCAGAUUUACCAUAUGAUGUGUUUUUUGGUAGAUGGAUUGCAAAUGGUUUACGUCAAUUGAUCCAGAAGCUAUCAUUGAAAACUAGAAAAUUCAUAGGAAAUACAAGUAUGGAUGCACAACUGUCCCUCCUAAUGGCAAAUCAAGCUGGAGUCAAAGAAGGUGAUAUAGUUUUAGACCCUUUUGUAGGAUCAGGCUCUCUAUUAGUUGCAGCUGCCCAAUUUGGGGCUUAUGUUUUUGGUACAGAUAUUGAUUAUCUGAUGCUACAUGCCAGAACUAGACCUUCAAGAAUAACCCAAAAGGAAAGAGAAAAAGAUGAAAGCAUUAAAGCUAACAUGAAACAGUACAACUUGGAAAAUCGGUACUUGGAUGUGCUUGUAAAUGAUUUUUCAGUGUCUUUUUGGAGGAGCAAUAUAGAAUUGGAUGCCAUUAUUACUGACCCACCUUAUGGUAUCAGAGAAUCUACAGAGAGAGUGGGCACUGCUAAAGAGUGCAAUGCUGUGAAAGAAGAGCAUUUGUCUACUCACAUUCCUGCCAAAACAGAAUAUGGGAUAUCCAGUUUGUAUAGUGAUCUUCUUUCAUUUUCUGCAAAACAUUUGAGAGUAGGAGGAAGACUUGUAUGUUGGUUCCCAGUUUUUAGAGAAGACUAUGAUGAAAAUUAUCUUCCAUCUCACCCAUGCCUUGAACUAGUGGCAAAUAAUGAACAAACUUUGACUAAAGUUACAUCUAGACAUUUGUUGACUUACAAAAAAACUGAAACCUUCAACCCCUUACACACUGCUCAAAAUGAGAUAAUGGAUUUUCGGGAAAGAUAUUACACAGCAAGGGAAGAAACUAGGAAAGAGAGAAGAACAAGAGAAACAAAAAUAAGACAAGAAAAUAGAUUGAGGCAUGAAAAAGAGACUCAUGAUAAAACAAAUAUUUCAUAAUGUUUCAUAUUACAAGUAUUGAAUUAU